AUGGAGGCCGAAGUACCGCCGAAUGAGACGCUCUAUGUCAACAACUUGAACGAGAAAGUGAAGCGAGAUGAGUUGCGAAAGGCUCUCUAUGGGCUGUUCUCGCAGUACGGCACAGUGCUCGACAUUGUUGCUCAGAAGUCGCUCAAGCUGCGCGGUCAGGCCUUCGUGAUCUUCCGCGACAUCGGUUCAGCCUCCACCGCCCUCAAGGCCCUCCAAUCCUUUGCCUUCUACGAUAAGCCCAUGCACAUCCAAUAUGCCAAGAGCAAGUCCGACCUGGUGGCCAAGAUCCGAGGAACGUUCGUGCCCCGUGAGAAGCGGCCACGAGAGGAGAAGCCCAAGCCGAAGCCCAAGAAGAAGGAGACCCCCGCCAAGAAGCCGAAGGACGAGGCGUCGCAGGCCGCGCUCGCGCCCGGUCAGGCUGCCCCCGGCGGCGGAGCGACCGGACCGGCCGCGCCGCCCCAGCCCAAGCCCAACCCGCCCAACAAGCUGCUGUUCGUGCAGAACCUGCCCGACCAGACCACCGAGCUCAUGCUUUCCAUGCUCUUCCAGCAGUACGCCAUCACCACCAUCCUCAACAUCAACAUCAACAUCACCAUCGUCACCACCAUCGUCAACAGCAACAACGUCGCGAUCACCAUAAGGCUAACGACUCGUCUCGCCAUCGUCUUCGUUGUGGACAUGGUGCCGGGCAAGCAGGGCAUCGCGUUCGUGGAGUUCAACUCGGAGAUGGAGGCUGCCGUGGCGAUGACCGGUCUGCAGCACUUCAAGAUCACGCCCACGCACCUCAUGGUCGUCUCCUUCGCCAAGAAGUGA